AGGUGUAUCUAUGGACAGGAGAAAUGUUUCUAAUCACUUAUCACGAAAUUCUCUUUCUACACAUUCAAAUCCUCAUCCACCUUUGAAUAAUACUGUAAACAAAGAUUCAUUUCAACCUGUAGUUCCACUAUUACCUGUUGUAUAUCCUUUACCAAUAAUGUAUAAUGAUAGCAAAACUAAUUCAGAACGUUUACAUCGUAGUUCUAUCAGUGGUGGACACAUCAAUUCCAAUAUCCGGCAUAGAAGUCGUAGUCGUAUAAAUCAAUUUUUAAGCUUAACAAGUCGUAUCGGUCUAAGUCCAGUAUUAAAACGUGCAUCAUUUCAACCAACUAAUCUAUCGUCUAUUUCUUCUACAUCCGGUCAUAAUAAUUAUACAAAUAAUAAAUUUAAAUCAUUCAAUUCAACAUCUGAUGAAGAAAGUGAAAGUGAUCCUGCUAUUAUGAAAGGUGAUGAUGAUGAUAAUAGACAUUCAGUUGAUCAUAAUCAUUUUAAAGUUGACAAUAAUCCAUUUACUUCAGAUACCGCAACAAAUAUUUCAGUUAAAACAAGAAAUUUAGUAUUUGCUUCAAUUAUUUUUGAUGAAUUCUGUUUUGAACUUGCUUCUUUAUGUUAUGAACAUAGUUUAAAUCCUGAUAUACAUUUAAUUCAACAUAACAAAGAAUGAGUCAAACAAACAACAUACAAUUAAAACAACAUGUUUUUAUCACUAAAUAUUAUUAUGCGAAAUCAACUGUUCAUAAUUAUAGAUGAUCUAUGUAUUUAUUGACGUUUAUGUUUGCGCAUACAGUUUAAGCACAGGCCUACAUUCAUUUUCAACAAAGAAAAUCCUGAUUGUUUAUCAUUUACCAUUGUAUUUUUUUUUCUUCGUUCAUGAAUUUUUCCCUCUUCUAAACAAUACUACUACUAACUCAGUACAUUUGAUUAUUUGUAUUUUAUUUUCUCUAGACUAAAUAACUUCCCCCAUGCUUAUAUGUUUGUUUUUUUCGACUGCGUUUCAAGUAUUAUAUCCUUUUGUAAAGUUUCAAAUAACCCACCCGGCAAUUUAGCUUUUUUUCAAAAAGCUGCCAACACUUUUCUCACAAUUUUCAAUCUGUGCUUUAUUGAUUUAAACAAAAUAACAAUGACUUUGAAUCGAUAUAGAUUAAGCUGAUAAUAUAUUAUUUUAUGAUAUAAUGUGGUGAGUGGAUUUUGUAGAAAAGUCCAUAGUUUAUAUUUCCCUUAGAUCUUCACUUUUUUUUCUUCCCUGUAAAUACAUGCAGUUUCUCGGUCACAUCUCCUGUUUUCCAUUUACUCCCUCUCUUAACUAUUAUUUUGUUGGUUAUUGUCUAUUGUAUUCAUUAUCAAUUUAAAUUAACUUUGAGAUUAUCUUUUUCAAAACAAACAAAUUGCGCCAUUAUUAUUUUUAUUUGUUUCUUUUUGGAAAAUAUAAAAAUGAUCUUUUUUUCAGACAAUAAUUAAAAUGGGAGAUAAUAUAACAAAUAAUUCUUAAUGAUUUCAAA